CACGCAUUCCUCAUUCUCCGAUAUAAACUACAAUCAAAUGCAAUGCUUAGGAAUUUUCUCUUGAGGUUUGCAUCAUUCGAAAGUGCAAAUAGGCUAAGGUCACCUCACUCGAAACCGGUUUCCGCUCUUGUAACCCUCAUUUUGUCGAACAAAAUGGGCUGCCCACUAUCGACGAGUAGCAAAGUUUUACAAAUAAGCAAAAAGGGGCCGCCGAAUAUGACGGAGUCGGAGGAGUACGUCGAGGAUGUUGUCUGCAAGAGCUCGGACGUGCAGGAAAAUGAGGCGAAGGUGUUCGAUCUGCGAGACGUCGGGAAGGUGCUGGUUGUGCGGCAGAAGGGCAAGUUGAGCGCGCUGGGGGCGAAGUGCACGCAUUACGGGGCGCCGUUGCAGAGUAGCGCGGUCGGUGACGGACGGUUGAGGUGCCAGUGGCACGGGGCUUGUUUUAAUAUUGCCACCGGUGACAUUGAAGAUUUCCCCGGUCUCGAUUCGUUACCCUGCUAUCAAGUUUCUGUGCAGGACGAUAAUGUAACCGUAAGGGCUCGACGAUCCGAGCUUGAAUCCAACAAGCGUAUCAAGUCGAUGUCAAAACGCGACCCGAACAACAACCAGCAUUUUGUAAUAAUCGGCGGCGGUCCUUCGGGUGCGGUCUGUGCGGAGACCUUACGUCAGGAAGGCUUCCAGGGGAAGCUCACCGUCGUGGCCAAAGAGCGGUAUUUGCCAUACGAUCGUAUUAAAUUAAGUAAGGUCAUGGAUGUACCCAUUGAGAACUUACAGUUGCGAGCUUCAAGCUUUUACGCCACCUACGACAUCGACUUCAUCCUCGACUGUGAGGCGACCAAAAUUGACCUCGAUCACAAGCAGAUUAGUUUAAAGGACGGACGCAGUUUAAACUACGAUCGUGUCUACGUUGCUACCGGAUCGAGUCCGCGAAAGGCCGACAUUCCAGGUGCAAAUUUGGAAAACGUGAUGGUAUUGCGCAAUUACGACCAGUCGUCCUCGAUCCACGCCCUGCUCGGCCCCGAGAAGCACGUCGUCGUUCUAGGUUCCAGCUUCAUCGCCAUGGAGGCGGCCGCGUACUGCGUCGGUAAAGCUGCGAGCGUCACCGUCAUCAGUCGCUCUUCGGUACCGUUCGAGCCUGUCUUCGGGAAGGAAGUGGGCGGGGCCCUACUCAAACUCUUCCUCGAAAAGGAGGUGAAGUUUUUCGGGGAGAGCGGUAUUAAGUCGUGCGCGGGUGACGCGAACGGCGUGCUCACGGAGGUGGAGCUUCUGGACGGUAGUAAGCUUAAGGCCGACGUUCUCAUAAUGGGCACGGGCAGUGCGCUUAACACUCAGUUUUUGAGGGAGUCGGGCGUGCCGGUUAACGGCGACGGUUCCGUGACCGUCAGCGAGUACUUGCAGACCUCGGUUCCGAACAUCUUCGCAGGCGGCGACAUCGCGAACGCGCCGAUUUGGUCGCACGGUAACGAGCACGGUUUCAUCGGUCACUACGGCCUCGCGCAGUACCACGGUAAAAUCGCCGCGAUGAACAUGCUCAACAAGGGACAGGUGCUGAAGGCGGUUCCGUUCUUUUGGACGAUGCUGUUCGGGAAGAGCGUCAGGUAUUGCGGGUACGGGCGUUUUGAUAGCGUGGUUGUGCGAGGCGAUGUUGAUAACUUCGUUUUUGUCGCGUACUUUGUUAAGAACGAGGAGGUCGUCUCGAUUUGCGCGAGUGGGAUGGAUCCGAUCGUCUCUAAGUAUGCAGAGUACGUUUUUCAAGGAAAUAAAUUGUAUAAGAAAGAUUUGGGGAAGGAUCCUUUUGAAUUGUUACAAUAAUCUUUUUAUGCUAUGUUUAUAUUCACAAAUGUUAUAUUUUUAUAUGUAUAUUGUUGCACAUUUUCAGUAUUAUGUUGAAAUUAUAUGUUGUUUAUUAUUA